UCAAUUUGGCAUAAUAUCACGUGACAUAGUAUAACAGGUUCCUAGUGUUCGUCCAUUUCUUACGAUCUUCCUUGAAAAAUGUCCACGAUGCUGAAAAAAAUCGAGAAAGUUAUUGAAAUUCUUGUGAUCGUCUGUUUAACAACUGUAUAUUGUUUUUGGAAUGGAGCACCGAUUAACACUUGUCUGUCGUCUGCAACAUUCCAUACGAAAGUUUUAAAUGAAACUCACAUGGGACAGUAUCUUCCAAUGAACAAUUCUGAAAUGAAUUACACAUUAACAGUUAGUAAACGGGAAUACAAAAAUUUAACUCUACCAAAAAUGAAGCCAAAACAGGACUACAUCAGAGUAACACUUCGUGCAGCACCGAACGAUUAUUUCCGUGGUUUUUUCGUACAAGCAACAAGAAAUGGUUUUCCAUUGGAAGCCAUCAACAGACCUGCUUAUGGAACAUUUUUACCUUUAGAUGAAAACUCACAGGCAAGGAGAUGCCGAUCUGCAGUAGGCGGGGUUGGUGGAAUCACACACACAAACAACAGAGAUAAAAAUACGGUUUCAUUCGAUUGGUAUCCACCUGCAAGCUGCAAUUUAGGAAAUGUUCAAUUUGUCGCCACAGUUGUAAAACAAUACAAUGAAUAUUGGGUAGAUGUACGCUCGCCGAAUGUAACAGGAAUCGGAUUUCAAGGACAGCGAGGAAUUUUGUGCCAGCUUUACAACGAUCCAUUUAACACAGGAAUCCAACAGGAAGUCAUCAGAUUACUGCAGCAGCAGCAGCAACAACAACAACAACAACAACAACAACAACAACAACCACAACAACAACAACCACAACGCACAGCUGGAUAAUUGAUUGAUCAAAAUGAGGACUAAAGAUGUAUAGGAAAUUUGGCAAACAAAUAACGAUUGCGUUUUAAAGACAUACUACAUAGAUUAAAACGGAUUAGAAUAUUGGUUAUUUAAUUGUAAUGAAUGCUAAAAUUGCUUACAGAUGAAUCAGUGCUUUUAAACUUGAUCUGAAAAAGAACAUUUAAAAUAUGUUCAUGUUGAUUCUGUAUAAUAGGAAUUUAUUAAAAAAAUAUAUUAAAGUAAUGAACACUUUAGACAAAAACGGCCAAUACGAUGUACGUGCGGAACCCUGAUUUUUUUUUUCUUUUUAAAAAAAAAACAACAUUUUUUUUCUAUAUAAAAGUUCUACCAAAUAUGCUACUUAUAUGCAAUCUCCACAAAUCUCUGAUGAAAUUCUGUAAUCACCAUUUUGUACUUGCAUCCGGAUCACGUGGUCAAAAUUACAUCCUCGUCUGUUUGGUGAUAACACUUGGUCAAUUACGGUACGGGUGCAAUGACUAAAGUUUAUUUUAAUGACGCAGUUUUUAUAUUUAUGAAGUAUAUUAUUGGAAAUGACGAGUCUUGUUAGGCAGGGUAUUAUAUUUGUUUAAGUUUUAACAGUACAAUUAUACUUAUUUGUGUUUCAAUAAACGCAAUUUUAGGUUGAAAAAAAAAAUGUUUUAUAUGUAUAAAAUAAAACUUUAAACUUUUAA